UGUUGAAUGGACAGUGUUCCUGUAAAAUAAAAUUAAUCAAAAACAUAUUAAAAACUAAAGUUAAUACGCAUUGUAAUUUAUAGGUUUUAAUUCGUAUAACACGAAUUUUGAAUUUAAGGUUAAUAUGUUUUGUAAUUUAUAAUUCGUAAUUAGUACAAUGGGAAUUUUGAUAUUAUAAUUGAAGUGAGUAGUGAUGAAAAUGGAAAGCGAAUUAAAUCAUGAUUUACCUCCGAGUUCAGCUUCGAAAACCGAGUUGCGUAAACGACCCCAAACCUUGGAAAAACAAACUAAAAAGUUUAAUUUUAAGGCAGAUACUAUUGAAUGUAAGGAAGAACGACACGAACAAAAAAAUGGUCAUCUGGGAAGCGAAUUUUUUCUAAUGCAUACUCGAUUGCCUCAGAUAAAAGCACCGAUUGCAAUUACGUCAGCAAAAAAGACAACUGAAGUAACCACAGUACUAAUGAACUCUAAUCGGAAUGUUGUUAUACCCACGAAUCGGCGUUUCAGUGAAAGUUCAGCAGAUGAGUUGUACAGAAGUGAAGAGCCAAUUAAGCAGGCUGGUUUAAAUGAAAGCAUGUGGUGCAACGAUUUGGUUAAUACUAAUAACACUACCGCUCAGCUCUCCAAUAGCAGAAAAUGUCCGCGAUUUUAUAAUGAUGACGAGGAUGAAGGGGACAGUUGUUGUUGUUUUUAUGGAGGCCAUAAAAGAAAACGUUUAAGUGACGCUAUCGACGUUGGAAUACGUGUAAUGCUAGUAUUUAUUUUUAUAUCGCUGGAGACAACAAAGCCAUUUAAACGAAAAGUUCAUCCCGAGGAGAUGUGGCUGUAUAAAAAUCCUCGUACUCCAGACAUAGUUUCAGCUCAAGCACUCAUAUUAUCUGUGAUAUUUGGCCCUUUAUUUGUGACAUUAUUCCAUUUGUGGCUGACGGGGAAUCGGCGUGACUUUCGCGCUGCAAGCUGGGUUUGGACUUUGGCGCUUGGAUUAAAUGGGCUGGCAACAAGUCUCUUAAAAAUAACAGUUGGACGUCACAGACCCGAUUUCUUUUACCGUUGUUUUCCUAAUGGUAUUGUAGUUAUCAACAACGCGACCAAUUCAAAUGGUUCACUGGACUAUUAUAAUUGCACAGGUGAUUUACGUCAAAUAGGUGAGGGCCGUAAAAGUUUCCCCAGCGGCCAUGCAUCAUUUGCUUUUGUUAGUUUCGGCUUCAUUGCUAUGUAUAUUGGCGCCAAACUACAUGCUAUGAGUGCACGCGGGCGCGGCCAGUCUUGGCGUUUAUGCGUCUCAAUUUCACCAUUAAUUUUAGCAGCAUUAAUAGCAGUUAGUAGGACUUGCGAUUAUCAUCACCAUUGGGAGGAUGUUGUUGCCGGUAGUUUAAUUGGAUUGUUUUGUACUUAUGUAGUUUAUAGACAAUAUUAUCCUUCAUUAUACUCGGUUCAUUGUCAUCGCCCCUAUUUGAGAAAAUGUGGAAGAGUGUCACAUGCUGAUAAUCAGUUGAAUCCACGAUCAAUGUCAAAAGAAUAUUUAUCUUCAAAAGAAAAUAGCGAAGUGAACGAUCUUCUCGAAGAUGAACGCCGUCGACUUAUUUAAAUAUAAUGUGUGUAAAAUACCUUUGUUUUCUAUAUAAGUAGAAUAUUUAUUUGAAAUUCCAAAAAUAUAUUUAGAUUUAGUAAAUAUUGUAGAUAUAUCGAAGUAUUCAAUUCAAUUUUAAUUUGUAUUAUAUAAAUGUGGAUGUAUUUCUGACAAUUGUA